AUGGCGGCGAUCUUUAGAGCUCUUUUUGUUGGUUUGCUGCUCUGCAGUGCCUGCAACUUGCUGGAGGGACAUAAGCCCUUAAAUUUACUGCUCUUUCGGAGGAUUGUCACCGAUUACAACAGCAAAUAUGUGUCGAACUAUGAGGCAUCGGUGAGUGCGGACUUUACGACCAUAAAUUUUACCUUAAAUAUUAUGCGUACCAUCACGGUGGAUGUCUGGCUGAGGGCCACGCUGGCACAGCGCGUGUCCAAGAAGGAAAAUAGCUACAGGAACGUUUUCACUUAUGAUGUCAAUCUGUGCCACAUAAUGGGCAAGAAAAAGGGCCAGAGCAUCAUCGAUUUCUGGUUGGACAACGUCAUGAGGAAUUCCAAUAUGCCCAGGCAAUGUCCCUUCAAGGAGGGCAACUUUACCAUGCUGAAUAUUCAAUCGGAUAAGGAGACUAUUCCCCGGUUCAUACGUUCGGGGAGCUUCAGCAUCGACUCCAACGUUUACAUGAGGCAGUGGCACAACGAUAAUCUAACAAACACUAUUAUCUAUGUGGAUAUCAAAAAGAGGUGA